AUGACAAAAAUUACCAGCCCAACGUCCCCAUCGGACAGCAAGCGCACACUUCACAAAGCUACAGCCAAAGAGAUACCCGCCAUUAAAGCAAUGAUCGAUUCCGCUUACUCAAAAUACAUUGAGCGCAUUGGCAAACAACCAGCUCCUAUGACACAAGACUGGGACGAGGUCAUCCUCACGCAUGAAGUUCUCAUCCUGAGAGACAAUGAGCGGAUCGUGGGCUCAAUCACCUUCCGUGAGGACAAGCAGACAAAUUCGCUGAAAAUCGACAAUGUGGUAGUUGAUCCCAAAGUGCAAUCUCGGGGCUAUGGAUCUUACAUGAUCCAAUAUGCAGAAAUGGAAGGUCAAAAACAGGGGAUGUCCAGUGUGAGAUUAUUUACCAAUGUGAAGAUGUUCGAGAAUCUUGGGUACUAUCCAAAACUGGGAUUUACGGAAACGGAACGAAGAGUGGAGGAUGGUUUUGAGCGUGUAUAUUUCUGUAAAAAGCUUGGUGAAUGA